UCAUGACAGGUCACACUCUUUAGCGUUCCAGACUGACCUACACAUUAAUGGAGCUCUGACACAGCUCAUUUGAACACAUUCACACACUGCCCCUCCCCUUGCCCAACACUGCUUUUCACCAUGGUUUCCUGUGUAAAGAUAACCACUGCCCAUUAAAACAUUCAAUCCAACACUAUAACAGUCUUAAUAGCUUGACAGCCGUCAUACAGGGUGAGUCAUUUUAUAUUAUUUCACAGAAAUGCUUUUGGUUCGUAGAUUUAAAAUUACAGAGGAACUUUUUGAUGGUUAAAUUGCAGCUUAACAUGACAUAAAACUGGAAGUGCAAUACCACAGUAUGACACUGCUGUAGGCCUGAGGUGUUUUAGCAUAAGCUGGCUAAAGACAACAAGAUCAUGGGUUUAUUCACGUUAUUUAGGUUUUUUUAAAUGAUAUCUUAUAUGCUGUAUACUACUACAGUAUCCAAUGUGAGAAAAAUUGGAAGUGUUUUUGUUUGACUAAUGUAACUUUAUGUAUUUCUAGAAGUUCUGAUAAAUGAGGUCGCUUCUUCUGGUAUGUUUUGUUGGAUUAUUUUUUUGGACUUCUGUAAUAUCACUGAAGAUCUGUGCCUUCAACAUUCAGAGCUAUGGAGAAGCAAAGGCCAGCAAUAAGAGAGUUAUGGAGAUUUUGGUAAAGAUAAUUUCUCGCUGUGACCUGAGCUUGAUUCAGGAGGUUCGAGAUUCUAGAGGCAAAGCCGUAUCUGCACUGUUGAUGAACCUGAACAGGUUUGACACAUCUCACAUUUACACCCAUUUAGAGAGUAAAAGGAUGGGGAAGAAAACGUAUAAAGAGCAAUAUGUGUACAUUUACAGAAAAGACAUGCUACAGGUGCAAGAGCAAUACCAGCACCCAGAGUUCAAUGAGACCGUGUUCUCCAGAGAGCCGUUCAUCAUAUGGAUCCAUUCUCCCACAACCUUGGUGAAGAACUUUGUCCUCAUUGGUCAGCACACCUGUCCUAAGAAUGCAAUGAAAGAAAUGGAGGCACUUUAUGAGAUCUUCCAAACAGUCAGGAAGAAAUGGAAAACUGAGAAUGUGAUGUUCCUGGGGGACUUAAAUGCAGCCUGCAGCUAUGUUACCAAUAAAGGGCUGAAAAACGUGCGUCUCAGGAGUGACCCAAAGUUCCACUGGUUGAUCAGAGAUGAACAAGAUACUACAGUGCGUGAAAAAACACGCUGCGCUUAUGACAGGAUUAUUAUUCAUGGCAAAGAACUAAUUUCAGGGAUAGUUCCGGAAUCUGCUCAACCGUUCAACUUCAAAGAAGAAUUUAAUCUAUCUGAGGAAGAGGCUUUGGAAGUCAGUGACCACUAUCCUGUAGAAGUGGAUUUAAAAGCAAACCAUCGCUACCUCCUGCGGCACGAACUGUAAAAUGAUGAAUAUUUGCACAUGCCCAACAAAGUACUGAUAAUAAUACCACAUCAUUAUCAGCCUGAUACUGUGAGAAUUUACUGGUAUUUCUACUGUGCUCCAGUAUCAACAUCUGAUACUAUGCAGUGUGUGUACAAUGUUGCCAUGCAAGUUUUAAAUUAUAAAGUUGUAAAUAUGGAUAUUUUUCUUACAAAAAUGCAUCGCUUUGCUUCAAAAGGCCUUUAUUAACCCCUCUGGAGCCGUAUGGAUUACUUUUACGAUGGAUGGAUAAGCUUUUUUGGGCUUCAAAAUACAACGCUCUAUACACUACCAUUAUCAAGCUUGGAAGAGCCAGGAUAUAUUUUAAUAUAACUCCAAUUGUGUUCGUCUGAAAGAAGAUAGUCAUAUACACCAAGGAUGGCUUGGGGGUAAAUCAUGGGAUGAUUUUCAUUUUUGGGUGAACUAUCCCUUUAACUGAUGCUGCAGAGAAAAAAUGUGAAUGGAUAUGGGCCACGGGGGGAAAAAAAGCACUUGCCAAGUUAUGAGUUAUGAGUUUACUACACUAUUUAAGCCAUUUUUGUAUAUUUACCGAAUUAAAUAUUUUACAAAUUAUUUAAAAUAAUUCAAGAAUUUAUUUGAUUUAUGAUGCUUUGUUGUUCUGCUAUAGGUGUCCUGUAUUUGAUGUUGCUAAUGGUGGAGAUGAUUAAAUAAUAAACACAAUGUCCUCGUA